AUGAGCUCCCCCGGCGCGGAGGGCGCGGGCAAGCCCCCGCAGUACCGCGUGGAUCACCUGCUGAGCGCCGUGGAGAGCGAGCUGCAGGCGGGCAGCGAGAAGGGGGACCCCACGGAGAGGGAGCUGCGCGUCGCGCUGGAGGACAGCGACCUGUGGCUGCGCUUCAAGGAGCUCACCAACGAGAUGAUCGUCACCAAGAACGGCAGGAGGAUGUUCCCGGUGCUGAAGGUGAGCGUGUCGGGGCUGGACCCCAACGCCAUGUACUCCUUCUUGCUGGACUUCGUGGCGGCCGACGGGCACCGCUGGAAGUACGUGAACGGGGAAUGGGUGCCGGGCGGGAAGCCGGAGCCGCAGGCGCCCAGCUGCGUCUACAUCCACCCCGACUCGCCCAACUUCGGCGCGCACUGGAUGAAGGCGCCCGUCUCCUUCAGCAAAGUCAAACUCACCAACAAGCUCAACGGCGGCGGGCAGAUCAUGUUGAACUCCCUGCACAAAUACGAGCCGCGGAUUCACAUAGUGCGGGUGGGCGGCCCGCAGCGGAUGAUCACCAGCCAUUCCUUCCCAGAGACCCAGUUUAUAGCUGUGACAGCCUACCAGAACGAGGAGAUCACAGCUUUAAAAAUUAAAUACAAUCCGUUUGCAAAGGCAUUUCUUGAUGCAAAAGAAAGAAGUGAUCACAAAGACAUGAUGGAGGAGGUGGGAGACAACCAACAGUCUGGAUAUUCACAGCUAGGUAGCUGGCUUAUUCCUGGGAGUGGGACUCUGUGCCCACCUGCCAAUCCUCACGGCCAGUUUGGAGCCCCGCUGUCGCUGUCCCCUGCCCACAGCUGUGAGAGGUACUCGUCGCUGAGGAACCACCGGCCCGCGCCCUAUGCCAGCCCCUACACACACAGGAACAGCUCACCGACAGCCUAUGCUGACAACUCCUCUGCCUGCCUAUCCAUGCUGCAGUCCCAUGACAACUGGUCUUCUCUGGGAGUUACUACACACACAGCCAUGCUGCCCAUGGGUCACAGCACUGGCACAGCUACCAGCUCCAGUCAGUACCCCAACCUGUGGUCUGUGAGUAACAGCACCAUCACGCCGGUGUCCCAGCCGAGCGGGAUGUCCAACGGGCUGAGCUCCCAGUUCCUGCGUGGCUCUCCAGGACACUACUCUGCUCUGCCCCACCCAGUGCCAGCAGCCUCCUCUGCCUCACCCCUGUACGACGGCGCGGCGCCCGCCGACCUGCCCGAGAGCCAGUAUGACACCUCUGCACAUGCCAGGCUGGCAUCCACGUGGACACCUGUCACCUCCCCUUCCAUGUAA